UGAGUACAGUUAUUUGAUAGAUGUAGACCUACUUAAGCAUAGUAUUUUAUAAGAGUCGUAGUAAGUCAUUUUAAGUCAACGUGUGCUUAAAGACUUUCAUGAACUAUUUUUAAUGUUUAAGUUUUAAUAUCCACUUUAUUGUCGCGAAUUGGGUUGUAUCUCGGACCUGUGUACCUGGUUAAGUUUUGAAGCAGGUUUGAUGAUUUGGUGUGGAGCGCCGAGGUCGGUCUGCUGAAUGCCUGUGGCUGACUGGGCUGGAGCGCACUCCGCUGCAGGACUCCCCUCAGAGCGGACUGGAGAAACAUGGACCGAGAGCCCACGACGCUUCGGACUGUAUGGACCUCGCAGAAAUCCUAACUGGAAAGCGGAAAAGUGUCUGGAAGCGACUUACUGUGGAGACGGUUCGUCAUAUGAACGCUUCGUUAGUUAGGAGUCGGUUUUCGCUCUGUUUUCUCUCAGGACGAGCAGCGCAGCUUCUCUUCAACCGAGGCGAGUCUUGGCUGCUCUUGAUGGAAAAUCUGCGGUGGCAUCAGCCGGGACUUCGCUGAAAACUGCCGCCUGUCUACCGUGCUAACGCGUGAGACCGCAUGGACGCUUACUUUUAUCGCUCUACCCGUGGACUGUUACACUUCGGAAAAAAGCUGGUGUCCGUUUUUGGUCAGUUUUUUUGGGGAAAAGCUCCCAACUCCGCGGUAACUAGGCGUCUUUAGCCAGUGAGGAUGCUAGCCAGAGUUAGCUAGCUUUAGCUUCAGUAACGUUAGCCACCGUCGCUCGGUUUACUGUUAACUCAGGCCUCGUAAUUUACAAUGAAGACUGCAGUUACACACUGAACGACUGGGCUCCGUAGACUGAGGGAACCGUUUAAUUUCGAAAAAGCUUUUUAAAUCUAGCUUUGUCGCCAGGGGAGCGUUCGUCGACCUGUAGUGGAAACUACAGGCUAACUGCACAUUAGUGGAAAUUUCUUGUAACGGCUCGUCUGACAGAACGUUAACUGUUCAGAUGUUUUUCAAAUAAUUUAACGGUUUUAUCCGUUACUCGGUCAACACUAACGUUAUCUCACUUCGUCGAAGUUAUAUCUCAACUUUUGUAGGAUAAACGUGAGUUUCUGCGACCUCGGAGGCGUUUUGAACCCAGGUUUAUAAGCUAGCUCGAACUAUAGUUUUUAAUGUGGCUGUUGGGUUAAUCGAUAAACGCUCACCUACUGUUACUGUAACUGCGCUUUCUUUGUUUUAUUCCGUGUUUGGUUUUGUUCUCCGACAUUAAUUAUUCACACAGGGAUUUUGGAAGAUGUAUAACUCGGGAUAACGUCGUAAGACUGCUACUGCAUCCUCAGAUUUUCUCAUGUCGUGUAGGUUUUCUAGUUUAACUGUUUCAGUGUUUUGAUAGACUGGUUGAGACUGCGGGAGUUUCAGUAAAAAGUCCGGUUGUCUUCGGUGAGUGAAUAACGUUACAGUCUAGGCUGCCGUGUGUGGAGGCGAGUUGUCUACGUCUCCGUGCUUACAAACAUGCCAGUUGGAUGUAAAUCUCAUAAAAACUGAAAACAGAAGCCCAAUGAGCGACACACAGCCAACAGUGACGGAGAGAUUUCCCAAAAAGGCAAACAGAACCAGUAGUAUUCUCAGCAGAGACCAUCCCCCUGACAAGCGGCCCAAAAGUGACAAACCGGCCAUUCCUCCAGUGCAUGACUCAACAUUUGACUCUACAGAAGCGCUGGUACAGAAGAGUGGAUGUGCUGUGGCCGAGGGAACCCCCGAGUCAUGUGGACUAGUUCAGAGAUGUGUGAUCAUUCAGAAAGAUGAGAAUGGCUUUGGGUUAACCGUGAGUGGAGACAACCCUGUGUUUGUGCAACUUGUCAAAGAGGAUGGUGCUGCCAUGCGUGCAGGUGUUCAGACUGGGGACAGGAUCAUUAAAGUUAAUGGGACCCUGGUGACACAUUCAAACCACGUGGAAGUAGUGAAGUUAAUCAAAUCGGGUUCCUACGUGGCCCUCACGGUACUGGGACGACCCCCUGGGUUACCCCAGAUCCCUCUUUCGGAGGUUGAUUUGAACCUAGGGCCGUUAGAGGGUCAUGGAGCAUCUUCAACCAUGUCCCCUCACUCUCCAAGGCAAAGUGCAUGCAACCUGGAGUACAAAGCUACAAAGCGUGCCUCCUCUCCACUUGUAACAUGGGAGGAGAACAACAUUGUGCACAGCUUAAAAGCAGACAUCUUACAGAGGAUGCUGGCCAAAGAGCAUCAGGAGUUACAGGAGAUGAAGGAGGAAUACAGCAGGAACCCCACACCCAAACUGCUGAGGGCCAUCCAGGAAGCCAAAAAACACAUCUCACAGCUCCAGAGUCAGCUCAACAAAGCAACACAGGAUGGCCUGCAAAUAGGGAACGGUGAGGAUGGUGUAUUGGACGUUGACCAGACCAGCUCAGAUGGGUUCUGGAGCUCUGUCCUGCGUAGCUACAACCCAGCCUCACCGGAGAGCAUUUGUCAAAGAGACUCCAGCAGUCCAAGGAGCACACCUCGUGAUAGCCUCAACUCCUGCCCUUCGCCUGAGACAGAGGACACUUCUGACCUGGACUCCCACCUCCAUUCUACUGUGGGGAGUCCUUCCUUCCGCAUGGCCUCUCAGAUCAUCGGUGCUGAGGAUGACUACUUCGAUUCAGAGCAGGAGCAGUUGAAUGGCCAGUGCAGUUGUUUCCAGAGUAUGGAACUGCUGAAGUCCCGGCCCGCCCACCUGGCAGCCUUCUUGCACCAUGUGGUCUCUCAGUUCGAACCUGCUCCUGUGCUUUGCUACCUUUAUGCUGACCUCUACAAGCAAGCCAACUCCAAAGAAACGCGCCGCAUCUUCUUGGACUUUCUCACCUUGUUCAUUGACCGAGGGGCUAACUUAAAAGUAACUGUGCCCGAAUCCAUCUCUUCUGAACUUGAACGGCGGAGGCCAGAGCUGAUUCCUGAGGACUUGCACAGACAGUUUGUUCAGACAAUGCAGGAUGCACUUCUUCCUGAAGUUCUGAAGAUUCUGGAGGACUUUAGACAGAAGCGUAAUAUGGGACUGACCCUGGCUGAUUUGGAACUGGCUCAUCUGGACGCUGAACAAAUUAGAGACAGCGCUGCUCUGGAGAGGGAAAGAUUCUGCGCCGAGAACAUCCUCUCAAAAAUAGAUGACGUCUUGUUGACUUCACAAGCCUCAGAAGAAGAGAAGUGCAAUACAAUACAGUAUGUAGUUUUCACCUACAUGAAGCACCUUGGUGUGAGGAGCAAGGAGCAACGCAACCUGGAGUCCAAGCGUGUGCGCAUCAAUUUCCUCCCCAAAAUUAAGAAAAGCAGCAAGCCAGAGAAAGAGGGAGAGGAGAAGGUGAAGAAGCCCCGUUUUAACAUCUUGGGACCGUCAUUCCGGCCCAUCCGCAUUGAUGCUCCAUUCGCAGGGCGUUCUGUGGACGGUAGCAAGCAGAGGCCUCAGAAGCAGCUAUCCCAGCCAGUGAUUGGAAUGUGUGAGCCAGUAGAUGGUGUGCGUUUGCGUGGCAGCCAAUCGAGUGAGGGCUCAGACCUUAUUCAGAAUACUGCAGUCAUUGCUGCAUCCCCAGGCAGUGCCCCCUACAGCCCUGCCUCAGACACAUCCUUCAGAGAUCCAGACUGUGGUGGGAGCCCAUCCUCAGUGGUUUUGCGACUGGCUGAUGGCGUGCAAGCUGGAGAAGGCCUGGAUGGCCCUUACCCUCCCUGUGAUUACAUCCCCUACAGCCUGGAGCAGCUGGAAGAGGAGAGAGAUGGUGACAGACUCCUGGAUGUGGGAACGCCUAAGCUGAGCAGGAGGCUGGAGGAGGUGCUGAGUGAGGAUGAUGGCGGUGGUGGCGUUUACUCUGAUGUGGACCCACCCAACUGGCAGCAGCUGGUGGGGCGGGAGGUUCUGGCUGGUCUGACUCCUCAUGAGAUCAAGAGACAGGAAGUCAUUAACGAACUGUUGUACACCGAGCGUGCACAUGUACGCAUGCUGAAAGUCCUGGAUAAUGUCUUCUACCAAAAACUGACCCGAGACAAUAUACUGCCCCCUGCUGACAUCAAAAACAUCUUCACCAACCUCGAGGAGAUCAUCCAGCUCCAUGUGACCAUAUCGGAGCAGAUGGCCGGGAUACGCAAGAGAAAUGAGUCAUCAGUUGUUGACCAAAUUGGGGAUGAUUUACUCUCUUGGUUCAGUGGUGGAGAGGAGGAGAAGAUGAAGCGGGCAGUAGGAACCUUUUGCAGCAACCAGCCCUUCGCUCUGGAGCUCAUCAAGAGCCGGCAGAAGAAGGACCAACGUUUUAUCACCUUCAUGCAGGAGGCGGAGAGUAAUCGGUUGUGUCGGAGGCUGCAGCUGAAGGACAUCAUUCCGGCUGAGAUGCAGAGACUCACCAAGUACCCAUUGCUGCUGGAGAACAUCGCCAAAUACACCGAUGACAUUCAGGAGAAAGACAAGGUGAGGAGGGCGGCUGAUUGCUGUCGGAAGAUCUUGAACCAUGUAAACCAGGCAGUGAAAGAGUCAGAGAAUACACAGCGGCUGGAGGACUACCAGAGACGCCUGGACCUCUCCUCACUGAAGCAGAGUGAGAAUCCACUCAUCUCCGAAUUUAAGAACCUGGAUCUAACCAAGAGGAAGCUGAUCCACGAAGGUCCGCUGACCUGGAAGUUGAACAAAGACAAAACUGUUGAGUUAUACACUCUGCUCCUGGAGGACGUCCUGGUUCUGUUGCAAAAGCAGGAUGAGAGACUAAUUCUGAAAUGCCACAGUAAGAACCGGGCAGGCACUGUCGACACCCAGCACAUCUUCAGUCCCGUCAUCAAGCUCAGCACUGUACUGGUCCGUUCUGUGGCCACAGAUAACAGAUCCUUCUUUGUGCUCUCCAUGUCGGACAAUGGAGCCCAGAUCUAUGAGCUGAUGGCCCAGACAGUGUCUGAACAAAGAACGUGGCAGAGACAGAUCACUCAGCGAGCAGAGGUGAUGAAGGCCAAACCCCACAGUGUCAUUGCUCUGCCUCAGUCUGCUGGGGAAAGAGACAGCAUGGAGGUUGGUAAACCCAAUAAAGGCCCAGAGCGCACAUCAUCUGGCAGCAUGCAGCCCUCAGAUAAAGUUCGUGGCAGGACGUCUGUUGCCCUGCACAGCUCCAGUCCCAGCUCUAACCCUGAGGAAGAAGAGCAGAGUCAUGACACUGGCCGGGAAGAAGGCUCUUAUCUGGACUCGGAGCUGCUGGACGGCCGGGACACAGACUCAUUGUCCUCUUCCUGCAGAGCUGAGGAUGCCCUGAAAACCUUGGCUGCACUGAAGCAGGUGCUUGUGACCCAGCUCAUGGCCCAGGAGGAUGGGGAGCGACUGGGUCGGCCGCUCGGUGGGCGUCUCCUCAGGACAACGUCUCUGCGCACGCCCGUGGAGCACAGCUCGGGUCGUUCAACCUGUAGGGCACAGGAUGCUGCUUCAGGUGACACUGGCUUCUACGAGGGUUCGGAGGACUACGCAGGUUAUCUAGUGCUGGAGGGCUAUGGUGGUUCUGGAGAGAGCAGUACUGAUGAUGAUGUGCAGGUUGGGGGCAUGGAGCUGGGUUUGUCCCGUGGCUGUGCUGCAGACUCAGGCAUCAGCCUCAGGUUCUCCUCGGCCUCUGUGGAAAGCAUGUGCCGCCUCAGCCGGCAGGUCCUCACACACCUACGUGACCUGCAGGCCAACCUCAAACACCUUAAGGAGGUGGAGAGCAGGUAUUACAGCAUGUUACGGCAAAGGCAUGAAGGGUCAUCAGCAGACACUGGAGAGAGCAGAGAUAAGAAAUAGAGUUGUGGAAGUUCCUUGGCUCCAAUCAUUCUGAGGGCACUUUACCAGUCUAUGCUGAGCUCCACCUCCAGCCUGUCCUGCUAACCUCUUCUCUGCAUGGCAGAGAGAGAGAGAGAUUAUGAAAAAAGAAGCUGAUUAAGUGAAAGGAGAGGGUGUUUGUAAUGCUCUGUCUGCACAAAAUUAUCAGGGAAGAUGGACAGUCCUCAGCCUUUAUUGUUCCUGCAGCAUGAUCCUUAGUCCACCCUUGAAUGGGCUGUUUGUCCCAGUCUUUCUAGCAGCCCUGGCUAGAUGAAAGAGUGAUGGCAAAAUGUACAAGUACAUAUAAAUAUAUAUAAAUAUAUGUAUAACAUAAGACAAGAAGACAGAAAAGAUUUUUUAAAGUAAUGCUGAAAGUUUUUUUUUUUGGUUUGUUUUUAAAUCUUGGAUGUAUUUAUUUCACUUUUUUUUUUCUUUUCUUCAAAAGUUUCUUGCAUGCUUUUUCAGGCCAAGUUCCUAGGUUGUUACAUCUGUCAGUAAAUGGCUCGUAGGUUUCAGGACUCUGCCAGGAACAAGGACUUGGGUUUUGGGCCUAUAAUGUAUGAUCGCAAAUAAGCAAAUCCAUAGCAGCAAACCCAUCCUCUCCCAGCCAACUGGCUCCUCUGCACACAGUUCGUUGUUUGCACUGGACUGCUCUGUCCUUCUUCUUCACCCUCAAGAGGAGAGCCAGAGCUCCAGCUGAGAAGAUGAAGAGAGCAUGGAUCCCAAACAUUCCUGAUGCACAGUGAAGUCUAAUAACUGCUGGACAAGCAGAAUAUAUAACCAUCAAGUUGGCUAGUGAUGCAAAAUGUGGAAAUAAAGAUGCAAUGACACUU